AUGCCGGAAAGCAAUUCAGCGUCUGUCAAUGGCUACGGUAGCGCGUACGCUGCCAAACAUAAUCUCCCUUCACAUUUUAUCGGUGGAAAUCGGUUGGAUCUAGCUCCUCCGGGUGCGGUCAAGGACUUUGUGGCUAAGAAUGACGGCCACUCUGUCAUUACAUCUGUCUUGAUUGCAAACAACGGUAUUGCGGCCGUCAAGGAAAUUCGAUCAGUGCGGAAAUGGGCGUACGAGACCUUUGGCGAUGAGCGGGCGAUCCAGUUUACCGUCAUGGCCACGCCGGAGGACUUGAGGGCGAAUGCAGACUAUAUUCGUAUGGCAGAUCAAUACGUAGAGGUCCCUGGUGGAACUAAUAAUAAUAAUUACGCAAACGUCGAGCUGAUCGUCGACGUUGCGGAACGAACGGGUGUUCAUGCAGUCUGGGCUGGAUGGGGACAUGCGUCUGAAAACCCCAAGCUCCCCGAAUCCCUUGCCGCUUCACCCAAGAAGAUCAUCUUCAUCGGUCCUCCUGGUAAUGCGAUGCGCUCUCUCGGAGAUAAGAUCUCUUCUACGAUAGUUGCUCAGCACGCGGGGGUUCCCUGCAUUCCGUGGUCGGGCACGGGCGUAGAUGAGGUCAAAGUCGAUGAGGAGGGCAUCGUUACCGUGGAUGACAGUGUUUAUGAUCAGGGCUGCACCCAUUCUCACGAGGAAGGCCUCAAGAAGGCUCGCGAGAUCGGAUUCCCGGUCAUGGUCAAGGCUUCUGAGGGUGGUGGUGGAAAGGGUAUCCGCAAGGUUGACUCUGAAGAGAACUUUGAGGCUCUCUAUAAUGCCGCUGCUAGUGAGAUUCCUGGAUCUCCCAUCUUCAUCAUGAAGCUUGCUGGAAACGCUAGACACUUGGAAGUCCAGCUUCUCGCUGAUCAGUAUGGCAACAACAUCUCCCUCUUUGGCCGUGAUUGCUCUGUCCAGCGAAGACACCAGAAGAUCAUUGAGGAGGCCCCCGUUACCGUCGCUAAACAGGCUACCUUCCAGGAGAUGGAGAAGGCUGCCGUUCGCCUCGGUCGUCUUGUAGGCUACGUCUCUGCUGGUACCGUCGAAUACCUCUACUCCCAUGCGGAUGACAAGUUCUACUUCCUCGAGCUCAACCCUCGUCUACAAGUCGAGCAUCCUACCACCGAGAUGGUCACCGGAGUUAACCUGCCAGCUGCCCAGCUCCAGAUUGCCAUGGGUCUUCCUCUCCACCGCAUCCGUGACAUUCGUCUUCUCUAUGGUGUCGACCCCAACACCUCUUCCGCCAUCGACUUCGGCUUCUCCAACGAGGAGAGCACCAAGGUUCAGCGUCGUCCCCAGCCAAAGGGCCAUACCACCGCUUGCAGAAUCACGUCCGAGGAUCCGGGUGAGGGCUUCAAGCCUUCCAGCGGUACGAUGCACGAACUGAACUUCCGAAGUUCCUCGAACGUCUGGGGCUAUUUCUCUGUGGGUACUGCUGGCGGAAUCCACAGUUUCUCUGACUCCCAGUUCGGUCACAUCUUCGCCUACGGAGAGAACCGAUCUGCUUCUAGAAAGCACAUGGUUGUUGCUCUCAAGGAAUUGAGUAUUCGUGGUGACUUUAGAACUACGGUUGAGUAUCUGAUUAAGCUGCUUGAAACUCCUGCUUUCGAGGACAACACCAUCACCACCGGAUGGCUGGACGAGCUCAUCACCAAGAAACUGACCGCUGAGCGCCCGGACCCAAUGGUCGCCGUCAUCUGUGGUGCCAUGACAAAAGCCCACUUGGCUAGCGAAGCCUGCGAGUCUGAAUACCGCAAGGGUAUUGAGAAGGGUCAGGUACCUGCCAAAGACGUCCUCAGCACCGUCUUCCCAAUUGACUUCAUCUAUGAAGGCUCGCGCUAUAAGUUCACCGCUACUCGCUCCAGCAUCGACAGCUAUCAUUUGUACAUCAACGGUAGCAAGUGCACUGUUGGUGUUCGUGCACUAGCUGACGGUGGACUUCUCAUCCUGCUCGACGGACGAAGCCACAACGUCUACUGGAAGGAAGAAGCGGCUGCCACCCGUCUCUCCGUCGAUGGCAAGACCUGUCUUCUUGAGCAGGAGAAUGACCCCACCCAGCUCCGAACUCCUAGCCCUGGUAAGCUAGUCAAGUUCACCGUUGAGAACGGAGAACACGUCCGUGCCGGUGAAGCAUUCGCUGAAGUUGAGGUCAUGAAAAUGUACAUGCCCUUGAUCGCCCAGGAGGAUGGUGUCGUUCAAUUCAUCAAGCAGCCCGGAGCUACUCUCGAAGCUGGAGAUAUUCUUGGUAUCCUCGCCCUUGACGACCCAUCCCGGGUCAAGCACGCCUCUCCAUUCACCGGCCAACUCCCUGAGCUCGGUCCACCACAGGUGCUGGGUAACAAGCCUCCACAGCGCUUCAUGGUUCUCCUCAAGAUUCUCCAGGAUAUCCUGCGUGGAUAUGACAAUCAAGUCAUCAUGGGAAGCACCUUGAACGAACUCGUUGAGGUCUUGCGCAACCCAGAACUUCCAUAUGGAGAAUGGAACGCAUAUGCUUCUGCCCUGCACUCUCGCAUGCCACAGAAACUCGAUGCCCAGAUGACACAGGUCAUUGAGCGUGCAAAGACCCGCAAAGCGGAUUUCCCAGCUGCCCAACUCCUCAAGACCGUUACCCGCUUUAUCGACGAGAACGUCAAGGCUGCCGAUGCCGACACCCUGCGAGCUACCAUUGCGCCUCUCCUUCAAAUCAUUGAGCGCUACAAGGAGGGCCUCAAGGUGCAGGAGUACAAGAUCAUCGUCUCCCUGCUUGAACAAUACUGGGAGGUCGAGCGCUUGUUCGCACAAGGCAAUACUCGUGAUGAGAGCGUUAUCCUGAAACUCCGUGACGAGAACAAGGAUGACAUCUCAAAGGUCAUUCAGAUUGUGCUUUCGCAUAGCAAGAUCGGAUCCAAGAACAACCUCAUCCUCGCCAUUCUUGACAUGUAUCGUCCCAACAAGCCUAAUGUUGGCAACGUUGCAAACUACCUCAAGGCUAUCCUCCGCAAGUUGGCUGAACUUGAGUCUCGCGCAACCGCCAAGGUUGCUCUGAAAGCCCGUGAGGUGCUUAUCCAGUGUGCUCUUCCCUCUCUCGAGGAGCGAGUUGCUCAGAUGGAACACAUCUUGCGUUCUUCUGUGAUUGAGUCCAAAUACGGAGAGACUGGCUGGGAUCACAGAGAACCUGACCUUAAUGUUCUCAAGGAAGUCGUUGACUCCAAGUACACUGUCUUCGAUGUCCUGCCGCUCUUCUUCGCUCACAACGAUCAGUGGGUCUCCCUCGCAGCAUUGGAAGUCUAUGUUCGUCGCGCUUAUCGUGCCUAUGCCCUUAAGGGCAUCGAAUACCAUAACACAAGCGAAGCACCAUACUUCGUCUCUUGGGACUUUAUCCUCCGCAAAGUGCCCCAUUCCGAAUUCGGUUUGUCCGCCCAAUCAACUGUGUCAUCUGUUCCAGGCACGCCAAUCUCAGAAAUCAAUCCCUUCAAGAAGAUUGGAUCUAUCAGCGACAUGGCCUUCGCCAACAAGGGAUUGGGUCCCGACGAGGCGACGAGAAAGGGUGUUUUGAUUCCUGCGCACUAUCUCGACGAAGCUGAGGAGGUUCUCUACAAGGCACUUAGUGUCUUCCCACGCGUCACUCCUGCUUCAGCCAAGCCAAAGAAGAACGGUUCUCUGCCUGAUCGUAGCAGGCCUGUGCCACGUUCUGAGCCUGAUGAAGAACUUACUGGUGUCUGCAACGUUGCCAUCCGUGACGUUGAAGAUUUGGAUGACUCCGAGCUCGCUUCUCGCCUUACCGCCCUUGUCAACGAUGCAAAGGCUGAACUGCUUGCUCGUGGAAUUCGCCGUCUAACCUUUGUCUGCGGCCAUGAGGAUGGCAGUUAUCCCGGCUACUUCACCUUCCGUGGACCAACCUAUACCGAAGACGUCAGUAUCCGCCACAGUGAACCAGCACUUGCCUUCCAGCUUGAACUUGGCCGUCUGUCUAAAUUCAAGAUCAAGCCUGUCUUUACUGAAAAUCGUAACCUGCACGUUUACGAGGCUAUUGGUAAAGGCCCAGAGCUUAGUGAUAAUGCGGUUGACAAGCGCUACUUCACUCGUGCUGUCGUCCGCCCCGGCAGACUACGUGAUGACAUCCCAACAGCAGAGUAUCUUAUUUCUGAAGCCGACAACCUAAUGACUGAUAUUCUUGACGCCCUUGAGAUUAUUGGCAACAACAACUCCGAUCUCAACCACAUCUUCAUUAACUUCACUCCUGUCUUCCCCUUGCAGCCAACUGACGUCGAGAAGGCCCUGGCUGGCUUCCUCGAGCGUUUCGGCCGCCGUCUCUGGCGCCUUCGCGUCACUGGCGCUGAGAUCCGUAUCCUCUGCACUGACCCCGCCACUGGUUCACCUUACCCUCUCAGGGUGGUGAUCACUAACACCUCUGGCUACAUCAUCCAAGUUGAGCUUUACGUUGAGCGUAAGUCUGAAAAGGGAGAAUGGAUCUUCCACUCCAUCGGCGGCACUACCAAGAUUGGAUCCAUGCACUUGCGUCCCGUCUCGACUCCUUACCCAACCAAGGAAUGGCUACAGCCCAAGCGUUACAAGGCCCAUCUCAUGGGUACUCAGUACGUGUACGAUUUCCCAGAGCUGUUCCGUCAAGCCUUCCAGAACAGCUGGGCUUCUGCCAUCGCUGAUCAUCCUGCCUUGGCUGAGAAGAGGCCUCCUCCAGGGGCAUGCAUCGAAUACUCUGAACUUGUUCUCGAUGAUAGAGAUAACUUGGCUGAAGUCUCUCGUGAACCCGGAACUAACACCCAUGGUAUGGUUGGAUGGUUGAUCACGGCUAAGACGCCAGAAUACCCUCGCGGAAGACGCUUCAUUGUCGUUGCCAACGACAUCACGUACCAGAUCGGUUCUUUCGGACCACAGGAGGAUAAGUUCUUCUACCAAUCCCGUAUUGGUAUGGCUGAUGAACUCAUGUCUCAAUUCAGUGUUGCUUGGAAUAACCCUGAGAAGCCAGAGAGCGGAUUCAAGUACCUUUACCUCACGCCAGAGGUAGAGAAGCGUCUUGAGAAGGAGAAGAAGAAGGAUCUUAUCACUGAGCUUAUCACUGAAGAUGGCGAGGAACGCUAUAAGAUCACCACCAUCAUUGGAGCUAAAGAUGGCCUUGGUGUUGAGUGUCUCAGGGGUUCUGGUUUGAUUGCCGGUGCCACCUCCAAGGCAUAUGAGGACAUCUUCACCAUCACUCUAGUCACCUGCCGCUCCGUCGGAAUUGGUGCUUACCUCGUUCGCCUGGGUCACCGUGCCAUUCAGGUUGAGGGCCAGCCCAUCAUUCUCACCGGCGCACCGGCUAUCAACAAACUCCUUGGCCGCGAAGUGUAUACCUCCAACUUGCAACUAGGCGGUACCCAAAUCAUGUACAAGAACGGUGUAUCGCAUAUGACUGCCAACGACGACUUUGCCGGUAUUACCAAGAUUGUGGAAUGGAUGUCUUUCAUCCCGGAGAAGAAGGGUGCUCCAAUCCCCAUUCGACCAUCGGCUGACCCUUGGAACCGAGAGAUUACAUACUGCCCUCCACCCAAGCAACCGUAUGACGUCCGUUGGAUUAUUGACGGAAAGGAAGACGAUGAAGGAUUCCUUUCUGGUCUCUUCGACAAGGGCUCCUUCGAAGAGGCCCUUGGUGGCUGGGCUAGAACUGUCGUUGUCGGCCGUGCUAGACUUGGAGGCAUCCCUAUGGGUGUUAUCGCUGUUGAAACUCGAUCUGUCGACUGUGUCACGCCAGCUGACCCUGCUAAUCCUGAUUCCAUGGAAGUGCUCUCUACUGAAGCCGGAGGAGUCUGGUAUCCCAACUCUGCAUUCAAGACCGCCCAGGCUCUCAAGGACUUCAACAAUGGUGAGCAACUGCCCGUCAUGAUCCUCGCUAACUGGCGUGGUUUCUCUGGUGGUCAACGUGACAUGUACAAUGAAGUUCUCAAGUACGGUUCUUACAUUGUCGACGCCUUGGUUAAGUAUGAGCAGCCCAUCUUCGUCUACAUCCCACCACACGGUGAACUCCGUGGUGGCUCCUGGGUCGUCAUUGAUCCAACCAUCAACCCGGAUCAGAUGGAGAUGUAUGCCGAUGUUGAAGCGCGCGGUGGUAUUCUGGAGCCCGAAGGUAUCGUCAACAUUAAAUACCGUCGCGAUAAACAGCUCGAUACCAUGGCCCGUCUAGACCCCGAAUAUGGUGCCCUCCGCGAGUCUCUCAAGGACAAGUCUCUCGGCGCUGAGAAACUCUCCUCAAUCAAAGCCCAGAUGACCGAGCGCGAAGAAAGACUUCUGCCCGUAUACAUGCAGAUUGCCCUCCAAUUCGCGGACCUCCACGACCGUGCUGGCCGUAUGGAAGCCAAGGGUACCAUCCGCAAACCUCUUGAAUGGAAGAACGCCCGUCGCUUCUUCUACUGGCGCCUCCGCCGUCGUCUUAGCGAAGAGGUCAUUCUUAAGCGCAUGGCAGCAACGACUCAAGCCUCCACUGCUGCCUCACAAACGCCGUCUACUACCGCCGCCACUUCCCCCAUCCCCAGCCCUUCUAAUACCCCAUCUCCAGCCAACGUAUCUAGCAUCACCACUCCACGCUCACAGCGUGAUGAGAACCUCACCAAACUCCAAUCAUGGACCGGAAUCCCCGACGAUGAAUUCGAGUCAAAUGACCGUGACGUCGCGAUCUGGUAUGAAGAAAACAAGAAAAAUGUCUACGAGAAGAUCGAGGCUCUCAAAACCGAUGGCAUUGCUGCUGAAGUUGCUGCUCUACUUAUGGGUAACAAGGAAGGUGGUCUCCGCGGCGUACAGAAGGUUCUCAGCAUGCUACCCGAGACAGAGAAGGCUGCUGUGCUGAAAUACUUGGGCUCAUCGUGA